CUUCUCAUCCCGGGACGCAAACCUCGAAACAGCUGCCGGCUGGUCCCGGCCGAGGCCGGCGCAGGGAGGGAGGAGCCGCCCGGGCUGUGGGGGCGCCGCGAGCUGGGCCGGCCUCGGUGUGCCCGCGCCGCCAGCCCGCUCCAGACGCGCCACCUGGGCGCUCCAAGAAGAGGCCGAAGUUUGCCGCGGCCGUGAGUUGGAGCUCGCGCCGGGCCGCUGCGCCGGGAGCUCCGGGGGCUUCCCUCGCUUCCCGGUAUUGUUUGCAAACUUUGCUGCUCUCCGCCGCGGCCCCCAACUCGGCGGACGCCGGGCGCGGAGAGCCGAGCCGGGGGCGCUGUGCGCAGCGCUCGGGCCAGGCCGGGCGGGCAUGGGCGGGGGCCCGAGCAGGGGUGGAGAGCCGGGGCCAGCAGCAGCCCGUGCCCGGGAGCGGCGGCGCUGAGGGGCGCGGAGCUCCCCGCGAGGACACGUCCAACGCCAGCAUGCAGCGCCCGGGCCCCCGCCUGUGGCUGGUCCUGCAGGUGAUGGGCUCGUGCGCCGCCAUCAGCUCCAUGGACAUGGAGCGCCCGGGCGACGGCAAAUGCCAGCCCAUCGAGAUCCCGAUGUGCAAGGACAUCGGCUACAACAUGACUCGUAUGCCCAACCUGAUGGGCCACGAGAACCAGCGCGAGGCAGCCAUCCAAUUGCACGAGUUCGCGCCGCUGGUGGAGUACGGCUGCCACGGCCACCUCCGCUUCUUCCUGUGCUCGCUGUACGCGCCGAUGUGCACCGAGCAGGUCUCCACCCCCAUCCCCGCCUGCCGGGUCAUGUGCGAGCAGGCCCGGCUCAAGUGCUCCCCGAUUAUGGAGCAGUUCAACUUCAAGUGGCCCGACUCCCUGGACUGCCGGAAACUCCCCAACAAGAACGACCCCAACUACCUGUGCAUGGAGGCGCCCAACAACGGCUCGGACGAGCCCACCCGGGGCUCGGGCCUGUUCCCACCGCUGUUCCGGCCUCAGCGGCCCCACAGCGCGCAGGAGCACCCGCUGAAGGACGGGGGCCCCGGGCGCGGCGGCUGCGACAACCCGGGCAAGUUCCACCACGUGGAGAAGAGCGCGUCGUGCGCGCCGCUCUGCACGCCCGGCGUGGACGUGUACUGGAGCCGCGAGGACAAGCGCUUCGCCGUGGUCUGGCUGGCCAUCUGGGCGGUGCUGUGCUUCUUCUCCAGCGCCUUCACCGUGCUCACCUUCCUCAUCGACCCGGCCCGCUUCCGCUACCCCGAGCGCCCCAUCAUCUUCCUCUCCAUGUGCUACUGCGUCUACUCCGUGGGCUACCUCAUCCGCCUCUUCGCCGGCGCCGAGAGCAUCGCCUGCGACCGGGACAGCGGCCAGCUCUAUGUCAUCCAGGAGGGACUGGAGAGCACCGGCUGCACGCUGGUCUUCCUGGUCCUCUACUACUUCGGCAUGGCCAGCUCGCUGUGGUGGGUGGUCCUCACGCUCACCUGGUUCCUGGCCGCCGGCAAGAAGUGGGGCCACGAGGCCAUCGAAGCCAACAGCAGCUACUUCCACCUGGCAGCCUGGGCCAUCCCGGCGGUGAAGACCAUCCUGAUCCUGGUCAUGCGCAGGGUGGCGGGGGACGAGCUCACCGGGGUCUGCUACGUGGGCAGCAUGGACGUCAACGCGCUCACCGGCUUCGUGCUCAUCCCCCUGGCCUGCUACCUGGUCAUCGGCACGUCCUUCAUCCUCUCGGGCUUCGUGGCCCUGUUCCACAUCCGGAGGGUGAUGAAGACGGGCGGCGAGAACACGGACAAGCUGGAGAAGCUCAUGGUGCGUAUCGGGCUCUUCUCUGUGCUGUACACCGUGCCGGCCACCUGUGUGAUCGCCUGCUACUUUUACGAACGCCUCAACAUGGAUUACUGGAAGACCCUGGCGGCGCAGCACAAGUGCAAAAUGAACAACCAGACUAAAACGCUGGACUGCCUGAUGGCCGCCUCCAUCCCCGCCGUGGAGAUCUUCAUGGUGAAGAUCUUUAUGCUGCUGGUGGUGGGGAUCACCAGCGGGAUGUGGAUUUGGACCUCCAAGACUCUGCAGUCCUGGCAGCAGGUGUGCAGCCGUAGGUUAAAGAAGAAGAGCCGGAGAAAACCGGCCAGCGUGAUCACCAGCGGUGGGAUUUACAAAAAAGCCCAGCAUCCCCAGAAAACUCACCACGGGAAAUAUGAGAUCCCUGCCCAGCCGCCCACCUGCGUGUGAACAGGGCUGGAGGGAAGGGCACAGGGGCGCCCGGAGCUAAGAUGUGGUGCUUUUCUUGGUUGUUUUUUUCUUUCUUCUUCUUCCUCUUUUUUUUUUUAUAAAAGCAAAAGAGAAAUACAUAAAAAAGUGUUUACCCUGAAAUUCAGGAUGCUGUGAUACACUGAAAGGAAAAAUGUACUUCAAGGGUUUUGUUUUGUUUUGUUUUGUUUUUCCAGCGAUGGGAAGCUCCUCCAGUGAAGUAGCCUCUUGUGUAACUAAUUUGUGGUAAAGUAGUUGAUUCAGCCCUCAGAAGAAAACUUUUGUUUAGAGCCCUCCGUAAAUAUACAUCUGUGUAUUUGAGUUGGCUUUGCUACCCAUUUACAAAUAAGAGGACAGAUAACUGCUUUGCAAAUUCAAGAGCCUCCCCUGGGUUAACAAAUGAGCCAUCCCCAGGGCCCAGCCCCAGGAAGGCCACAGUGCUGGGCAGCAUCCCUGCAGAGGAAAGACAGGACCCGACCCGGGCCCGCCUCACACCCCAGUGGAUUUGCAGUCGCUUAAAAUAGACUCCGGCCUUCACCAAUAGUCUCUCUACAAGACAGAAACCUCCAUCAAACCUCACAUUUGUGAACUCAAAUGAUGUGCAAUACAUUUUUUUUCUCUUUCCUUGAAAAUAAAAAGGGAAACAAGUAUUUUGCUGUAUAUAAAGACAACAAAAGAAAUCUCCUAACAAAAGAACUAAGAGGCCCAGCCCUCAGAAACCCUUCAGUGCUACAUUUUGUGGCUUUUUAAUGGAAACCAAGCCAAUGUUAUAGACGUUUGGACUGAUUUGUGGAAAGGAGGGGGGAAGAGGGAGAAGGAUCAUUCAAAAGUUACCCAAAGGGCUUAUUGACUCUUUCUAUUGUUAAACAAAUGAUUUCCACAAACAGAUCAGGAAGCACUAGGUUGGCAGAGACACUUUGUCUAGUGUAUUCUCUUCACAGUGCCAGGAAAGAGUGGUUUCUGCGUGUGUAUAUUUGUAAUAUAUGAUAUUUUUCAUGCUCCACUAUUUUAUUAAAAAUAAAAUAUGUUCUUUAGUUUGCUGCUAGUCCCUGGUUCAUGGUGAGGUUUCCCUUCUCUGUGU